GAUCGGAUCUGGAGGUUCAAAGUCAGGGUCACAGAGCGCUGAGACUUUGCCGUCAAGUCAAUCCGAGUUUUGUGUACACCCUGCUUUUUGGAAAAUUCAAUCUUAGUUGAGAUGGCCGGCCAAAAGGAGGAGAUCUUGGGCUGUGACUUUGAGGUGCGUGGCAAGUUGCCCAAGGAAGCCUUCGAGCUGUUUGCAGUGGUCCAGGCCAAUACACUGGGACUCCGGGGAUUCAUCACCCAGGUGUCCGAGGAGAAGUUCAAGGGUCGUCUGGAGGGCGAGGGCAAGGUGAUCGAUGCCUUCAAGAAGUUCAUCCUGGCCGCCUCCGAGUUCGUGCAGGCCAUCAAGGAGUUCAUCAUCAAGAACCUGAAAGUCAUCAAGGAAUACACCUACAAGACCUUCGAAAUCAAAGUGGAACGGAAAUGAUCAAAGGAAUAGCUCCAAUUCUGCCAAAAUAUUUCCAAUGCAUAAAUUUGAUUAAAACGGCUAUCAAAAGUUUUAUCCAUUAUGAUUUGUCUAAUAUGUUUGUUGUAUGGAUGUAACAUAGUAUUUUCCGAAUAAAAUUGCACAGAUUCAACACUGA